AUAAGUAGGUACUGUGAUGGCCAUUUUUUGUUCCGCAUCACAGAGUUUCUCUGGAGAGACCGAGAAAGGGAGAGAUGAGUUUGGGCGUUCGAUUGUGCUUGUUUUUAUUGCUCGCACUGUCUGUAGUCUCCUCUGCUAGCGACACCCUUGUUUCAGGCAAUAAAAUGGCUUUGUCCGUCGUUGAACCUGCUGGAAGGUCUUUGAGGGUGAUCGUCAAAGACUACGAUGACCCGUCUGCGAACCGCGGCCACGAUCCUCCACAAAGCGGCAAAGUCGAUGGCCGUGGUGGUGGAAAAGGCGAUGGUCUUGGCGGCGGCAGAGGUGGUGUCGGUGGAGGGAGAGGAUGAGUUAUAUCCAAGAUUUUUUUUAAAAAAAAAAAAAGUAUCCCUAGCAUAUGUAUUAUAUAUAUCAUAAAACUCCCUGCUGGGAGUCGGUGCUUACUGUUUACAGAACUAAUUAAUAUUGUUAUUAUCUUAUAUUUUACUCCAACAUAUUGUAUAUUUGUUUUUUGGUGAUCGAUCUUA